AAAUGAAAGAGUAAUUGACACUGGGUUUCAAAAUGUUAUCUAAAUAAUAUCACUAUUAUUGUAAUUCCUUAAUGAAAGUAUAAGUAAAACUACUUGAAUACAUUAAAUUUAAAACUUUAAACUACUAUGUUGAAUGAAGCAUUCCUUUCGGGAAUUUGGUCCUCAGCGGGAAACGCGUUAGGAAAAUUAGCCGGAACACAAUCGAUAGUAGGUGAUAGCUAUGUGCUAUGGGCUACAAUACUACUUACAAUGGUGAUGGUUAACACAUGGAGCCUAAGACAUUACAUGAGGUCUCUUGAUGCAGCUUUUACCACUGUUGUACCUACAGUUAUAUCCUCAGCAUCUAGUUAUGUUUUAUCAGGCUUAAUUGGCAUAUUUCUGUUUAAUGAAGCAACUUCACUAAAAUGGUGGAUGGGUGCAAUACUUAUUAUUAUUGGACUUGUUUUGAUUACUUAUCCUAGAAAAUAAGUUAUUUACUAUAAGUUAAAUACUAUUAUUUUUAGUCCCUGUACGGUUCCUGGAUCAUCAGGGGUUCGAAAUAAUAGAAUAAUUUGAAUUUACUCUAUAUUUAUCACUCGCGUUAUACAAUAGAAUAUGAGCGAAAUAAUAACUAUUAUGUUAAUUGCUAUAUAAUAAGUGCAAUCUAACAAACAGAGAGAGUGCCUACGUCUGGCUAUGCUCCCGGGGUGAAACUCCAACGAUUUAGGAAAUCGUCAUGCUUAUAAGUGACCAAACCGUACAGCCAGGGCACGUACUUACAUAAUAAAAACAUCACGCUCGUGGAUGAUUGGAAUGUACGAGCCCUGGCACGUACUUACAUAAAAACAUCACGCUUGUGGAUGAUUGGAAUGUACGAUCCCUGGCACGUACUUACAUAGGGAAUAAUUAAGCUUAUAAAACUAAGGAAGCCUGAGCGAGUAAAAUGUACAGCCUUGGC